UAUUGAUUGAGUAAAUCAUCUGUAUCUGCGCGUGUGCAGGAUAGCGAGCGGGAAAGACUAUAGUUGGAACGUGUUUGAUAUUUGAGCCCAUGCAGUCCCGGUCAACCCCCCCAACGCGGCCCCCACCACCGCGUUCCUCAACCUUCAAGAUCCACCACGACGACCACCCCAAGCCCCCGCGACAGACUCUAAUCAAGCCCUACCGCGACGACCCCGACGAAGACGACAGUAACAAGGAAAACAUCCCGCCCGCUACAUUCUACACUUCUCCCCAUGACGUGCUGCAGCCUGAUGUGCUGCAGAGUUGGCGACAGACGCCGGGGGAUGAGGGCAGGAUGAAGGCCGCUGUGGGUAGCGGGAGGAGGGCGAUGAUUGAGAAGCGGGUGCCGUUGAAGGAGCUGUAUAUGUCAAGUCCCGAAACCCCCGGCAACGCGUUCCUCGAAUACACCAUACCAAGUGACUCGCUCAUAGACUCCCCCUCCGGCUCGAUACCCACAGACUCGCCAUCCAUCGACCGCAGACAUCAACACCAACAUCAACAACAACAACCGCCGGUCCUCCGCCCUCGUCAGUUCCGGCGGAAACCAGUAAACACCACCAGCACAAACUACAUCACGCUCAGCGACGCGACAGGAACCGCCCACACAGUCGAUCUAGAUGCGCCUAUAUCGUCCUUGAAGAUGAAAAAACACCAAUCGUCGUCGGCGGCAGAAAAGCCCGCUGGCAAAGCUGCAGUGUAUAGAGAUUCGGAGAACGAUAUCCUUGCUCCUUCGAAGAUGGCUAUGCAGUCGUCUGGCAAGGCGCUGCCGUUCUCACUCAGACAACAGACAAAUUCUAUCGCUCACGAAUCUUCUGCUCUUCCACAGUUAUCAUCUAUGGCACUCCGAAGGAAACAAGCAGCUGCGGCGAAGAAGCAAAAGUCUGGAAUUCUUCUCCUGCGAUGAGAUAUAUGUUUUGUGUUUAAAAUACCAUGUCAUGUCUACACCUUAUGCAUUUUAAUAAAGUACCUUUCUCUCAUCCUUUGCAGGAAAGAGCUCUACAAAGACAUUGUU